AUGACGUCGUCGGGCAGCGGCUUGUCGAGGUCGGACUCCCGCGCGAUGUUGGACGUGGCCACGCCGAAGUCCACGGUCAGCAGGGGCUCAGCCGCCUCGUCGAGGAACUUGGUCGACCUCAUUCCUCCGCCGAAGGCGGUGGCCAGAAAGAAGGAGCAACAGGAGCUGAACGCGCGCUACCGUGCUUUCCAGUCGUUGGUGAAGCAUCUCUUGGAUGACGACACCCAUGCGCCGUCGUUGCUGAUGGGCCUCCAGAGGUACAGGGACGAGGUAGAGGGUGAUACGUGCUUGGAGGGCGCUCUCUCCCGCGAGACCAUCAGCAGGAUUCCAGAGGACUACAAGUUGGACAUGAUCGUCGAGAAAUCCAAGUUGACGGUGGUCCAGCUAGUGACAGCGCAGGGGAAGGACUCCUCGGCCAUCUCGGACGCGUUCCACUUCGGCCAGCAGAUGAUGGAGAACUUGUUCCUCCCACCAGAGCUCGGCGUGAUGGAGGUGGCUCGCGGCGUCUUGACGGAGCGCCAUACGGAUGUCGGUUCGCGCUGGGCGAUGAUGGACUCGUCUUGGAUCGCGCCAGACGGCAAUCUUUCCUUCGUAAAGGGGUGCUACCGCUUCUUGCACGACGAGAACGAUGACGUUGCCAAGAAGGUUCAGCACGUCAGCGGAGACACCGUGGACCUGCCUGAGGGGGCGCACAUCGUCAAGAAGGUCCACGGCAUCAGCUGCAACUACAGCGACUGGAAGGCGGCCGUGGUGUGCAAACCCUUCUCGGGCGCCAAGCUUCACAAGUUCGCCCAGGCGACCAAGACGGGGCCGUGCCGCUACACCGUUUUCACCAACAAGGACGACGUGCUCAGCGACAAGGUGAAGAAUCGGUGCACCACGUGGGCUAAGGGGCGCGGCUCUUCUGCCUCUGCGUCUUCGGGUCCCACGGAGGCGCAGAAGGAGCUCCAGGAGUCCAAGAAGCGCGCCAAGACGACGGCCAUGGAGUCGGCUCGCAAGAAGGCGAAGGACCUCAACGCCUUGAAGAAGGAAGCGAAGGUGUCCUCGGCUUGA